ACAGUGUUUGAGCUCUACCGUUACUUGCUCUGGUGCUGUAAGCUCCUACCAUCAUCCCCCAUUCAGGAGCACUAUUGGCAUGCAGCGAGGCAGAGUUACCAUAGCCAUGCAUAUGAAAACAAUCCAGACAGAAUUCGUCUGAUCAUCCGAAGGGCUAUUUCUGAUGCUGACUGGGUAUACAUAAGGUAG